AUGGGCAGGGCUAGCCUAUCCAUUACUACACCCUGCUUCCUAUCUAUCUAUCUAUCUAUCUAUCUAUCUAUCUAUCUAUCUAUCUCCCCCUGUUCAUUAUCUUUCUAUUUAUCUAUCUAUCUUCGACUGAUCCUAUCUAUCUAUCUAUCUAUCUAUCUAUCUAUCUAUCUCCCCCUGUUCAUUAUAUUUCUAUUUAUCUAUCUUCGACUGAUUCUAUCUAUUAUUUCAUUCAAUAUUUUUUUCUUUCUUUCGAAUUUUUCCAUUUUGUUCUUUUUUCCAACAUUUAAUAUUUAUUUUAUUUGUUUAUUACCUUUUUCAAUAUUUUCGGCUUUCUUUCUCUGCUUUACCUUUUUUUCUUUACGAACUUUUUCUUUCUUUCUUUCUUUCUUUCUUUCUUUCUUUCUUUCUUUCUUUCUUUCUUUCCGUCCUGUUCGCACAUUCUCAUACUCCGAAUCUUUCUUUCUUUCUUUCUUUCUUUCUUUCUUUCUCACAUAUUCUCAUACUGUGCUUCUUUCUCUCUUUGUUUGUUUGUUUCUUUCUUGUUUUCACAUUCUCAUACUCACUUUCUUUCUUUCUUUCUUUCUUUCUUUCUUUCUUUCUUUCUUUCUUUCUUUCUUUCCUUCCUUCCUUCCUUCCUUCCUUCCCUUUCUUCACAUUCAUUCUCAUAAUCCAUUUCUUUCUUUUUUUCUUCCUUCCUUUCUUUUCUCUUUCUUUUUUUUCUUUCUUUCUUUCUUUUUUCUUUCUUUCUUUCUUUUUUUCUUUUCAUAUUCUCAUACUUUGGUUUCUUUCUUUUUUUUCUUUCUUUCUUUCUUUGUUUUUCCAUUCUUCCUUUAUUUCCAACAAUAA